CGCUGCGCCGGCCGGCGGCGCUGGGCGUGGCCGCCAUGUAAAGCCGCAGGGCGGCCCCGCUGCUAGUGCCUCAGUUGCUGGGCAGCGGCGGCCGCCGCCGCCGGGAGAGCUGUGUUGUCUGUGAGGCGCCUGGCGCCGCUCCGCGCCUGCCGGUGACGAUGCUGGACCGUGAGCGCGGCUGGAGCGUCUCCUUCGCCGGCUGCGGCUUCCUGGGCGUCUACCACAUCGGCGCCGCCAGCUGCCUGCAGGAGCGCGCCCCGCACAUCAUCCGCGACGCCCGCCACGUCUACGGCGCCUCCGCCGGGGCGCUCGCCGGCGCCGUGCUCGUCGGAGGCGGCAAUCUGGCUCAAGCUUGUGCAGAUGUUAUGGCAUUAGCCAAAGAAGCUAGAAAGCGGAAUCUCGGUCCUCUUCAUCCUUCCUUUAAUGUAAUAAAGAUAAUAAGAGAUGGACUCAUGAGAAAUCUUCCAGAAAACACUCACCAGUUGUCUUCGGGGAGACUCUGUAUUUCACUAACCAGAGUAUCAGAUGGUAAAAAUACAUUGAUAUCUCAUUUUAACUCUAAGGAAGAAGUUGUCCAGGCUUUAAUCUGUAGUUCAUUUGUCCCUAUUUAUUGUGGCCUAAUUCCACCAUCAUUUAGAGGUGUGCGCUACGUGGAUGGAGGAAUCAGUGACAACUUACCUCACUAUGAAUCUAAGAAUACCAUCACAGUUUCGCCUUUCGCUGGGGAGUGUGAUAUCUGUCCAAAGGGGAAUUCUGCCAACUUCCAUGAAAUGAAUUUGACCAACACCAGCAUUCAGCUUAGUUUGGGGAACCUUUAUCGUUUAACGCAAGCGCUCUUUCCACCAGAACCUAAGGUACUGGGAGAGAUCUGUGAGCAAGGAUAUUCAGAUGCUCUUAAAUUCUUGAAAGAGAACGGUAUUGUGAGUGACUCAAUUUAUAUCCACUUGUCCUUCACAAAAAGAAAUCCUCAUGAAGCUGCACAACACACUGACCAUAUGAAGAAAAAAGAGUUGACAGAUAAUAGAGUAGAAACUUUGAAAGUGGAAGUGCUUAGUGACCAGCUAAAGCAGAAUCCACAGCCCUUGGAGAUGAGUAUAUUCGAGAGUCUACCUCCUAGACUUCGUAAAGCACUACAGGAAGCUUGUAAAGAACAGAAUGGAUUCUACGCUCAGUUCUCUAAACUCUUCCCAAUGCGGGUGAUAUCCUAUCUGAUGCUACCGUAUACGCUACCAGUAGAGUCUGCUUACUCUGUUGCUUUACGGUUAGUAAACUGGUUUCCUGACAUGCCUGCUGAUAUUCGAUGGAUGCAAGAACAGCUUUGUCAGAUUGCUGGUACAGUCUAUUCCCAGGCUAAAAGCAAGCUGUUCUGUACAUCCAGGAAAGACAAUUAUGCAUCACUAAGAAAAUGUCAAACUGUCCCAUCUACUGUGGAAUUUCAUUCUUCAUACUGCCACCUUAAAAUGCCUCACUCUUCUGCAGACCUUGAAACCUGGCUCUGGGAAUCUUCAUGCUUCGUGCACUCAGCUAUGAAAGGUGCUUCUGCUGACACACAGGAGCAUUCAGACUUAAACCCCUAUCCUAAUUUUCUGCCAAAUUCUGAUGGGUCUGGGUUGGAAAUAGAUUUGGACUCUUCCUCAGAUACAAGUUUCCAAACUGCUCCAGAGUAUUAAUUUGGAAGUAGAUUGCACAGCUUCAAAAAUUCCAAUUUGGCAGAGAAAUUUAAAUCAUUAAGGACUAAGAUCACUUUGGUUAUUGCCAAUAAGUCUUUGAACAUUACUUGUUUACAGCUUCCUGACAAAUCUGCCUUUGGAAUUCUACUGUUUCAAUGAUUAUAAAAAUGGUGGCUGCUACACUAAGUAACAGACUGCAAUUCUGUUGAGGCACCAGCUCAAUCAGCUGUAGUAAGACUUGCAGUAAAUGGUGUGUCUCUGGAAAUAAAUGUUUAAAAAAAAUCUACUUUCAGCAUAAAAAUGUAAAUUCUGUAAACAAACAACCACAGCUAACAAAAGCUUUUAAAAAUAUAAUUAACAAUAUUAUGUAUUAGGAUUACUUUUAUAGCACUUAAAUCAGACUUUUACUUCAAAAGGGAAAUACACAAGUGAGACUUUUAGUGGCCUCCAGUGUCCCUUUGCCUUAUAUUUAAACAUACUAUUGUGUUUAUGGAAAAGUUGGCUGCACGCUAUACUGUAGGAACAGUAUGAUUCUAGGUUGUUGUAUGUAUUCCACAGUCCACAUUGCUUCUCCUCUAUGGCUCUUUCCCUUUUCAAAGACUUCAAGGGGAAAAAGACAUAAGAAAUAGGACACAUUCCCCUGAAGUGUGAACAGGUACAGUUUCAGUGAUUUCAGAUGACUUUUUUUUGUACAUAAUAAGAGCUUAAUACUUCACUGAAUGUUGAAAAGUAGGUAAAAUGGUGACUGUGAUUAGUAGCAAACAGUAAUUUGUGGAGGCGUGUUAAACUUCACAGAUGUUAACAAAAAAUCAACUUAUGGCAAGUUGUGAUUGAUGUUUAGGUCUUCUCUUGAAUUGAUGCCCCAUUGUUCUCAUUUUCCCCUCCAACAGGAUAGAUUUUUCUUCCCUUCUUUCACUUCCCUCUUGAUAGGAGAGGGAAGGAAAACAGGGCCUCUCCUGUCUCAAUGAGGUAUGAUAACCCAAAGGAAGUUUUCCAAGACAGAUCAUUAGAAGAAGCAAAGACUAAGACUUAGUGCAAGUAUCAAUACCCAGGGAGCUGUGCAAAGGUCUCAAAGAAUGGGCUGAAGGUUAGCCAAGUCACAUCUGUAUUGAGCGAUGAGCAUUUUAAAACACCCUUGGCUUCAAAGGUUCUGCAUAAUUUCAAUUUUGUUACCAUGUCUUGUGCAAUUUUUUUAAAAGUAGAAGGAAAUGAUGGUGGCUUUAAAGUAGAGUUUGUGCAUGUGUUUGGGGCAGGCAUGUGACAUGUGAAGGUUUCUUAUUCGUGCAACUCACGUACACCCAGGGAAGAGACUACGGAUGGUUACUGAGAGUAUCUUGUAUUAAUAGUAGCAGCCAUUAGAUUGUGAUGCUCAGAAGAGGGAACUUUGGGCUGUAAACUGUGGCGUCCAGAAGUCUGUCAAAGAGCAAAAUGUAGCAUUUCUAAUUAGACCAGCCUUUAAGCAGUUUCUCCAUUAUUUCCCUCAGCUUGAAGUGCAAAAUUUAAAACAUUGAUUUUUAGAAUGGUGUGGGACAGGGCAGAAGGUUUCAAGCUCCAUUACCGUACUGCAGAAGACUGGUGCCAUUUUAUUUCAUCUCAGUUCAUUUCUUCCGUGUAUGUAUCUUAGAAUUUGCAAGAAAAAUGUAAAAUGUUACUCUAAUUACAAGACAAAAUGUUUUUAUAUUUAUUUAUAACUUUAAAAUUUCUAAUUUAAUUUUAUAAAGUUCUGCAAAAUGUUGGUUUUACCAGUCUGUUUUAGAAUUUAAGCAGGAAUGCCAAGUUUUUCUUCCAUUCUGUGUACUUGAAUAGAUCCAUUAACAACAUUUAAAUCUACCUGAACGACAUCUGUUAUGCAUAGCUCUGAUUUUUGUCUCCUUUUUCUAAAAUAAAAAGAUAAUCUGUUA